CUCCACCGCCGCCGCCUCUUUUGGCAACCGAGGCGGCGCGUUAGCAGUUUAUUAAGCCUCUCUCAGACGGAGCCUACCUCUUUAGCCUGCACAGCCCACGGUCCGCGGUGUUAGCUACAGAGCCGAAGAUCUGCGAGCGCGCCAUGCCGAUGGUUCUGGGCUACUGGGACAUUAGAGGGCUUGCCCAUAGCAUUCGAUUGCUACUUGAAUACACAGGAACAUCUUAUGAAGAUAAGUUAUACAGCUGUGGAGAAGCUCCUGAUUAUGAUAAAAGUAAAUGGAUCAGUGAAAAAGAAAAAUUGGGGCUGGACUUCCCUAAUCUUCCAUACUUAAUUGAUGGCAAGACCAAAUUGACACAGAGUAAUGCUAUUCUCAGGUACAUCGCACGCAAGCACCAUCUGUGUGGUGAAACUGAGGAAGAACUUAUCAGAGUGGACAUGCUGGAGAAUCAGGUGAUGGAUUUCCGUAUGGCCUUGGUGAUGAUUUCCUACAAUCCUGACUUUGAGAAACUCAAGCCUGGAUAUUUGGAGCAGUUACCAGGGAAACUGAAACUCUUCUCCCAGUUUUUGGGGGAUAGAAAGUGGUUUGCUGGGGAUAAGAUCACAUUUGUGGACUUUCUCAUGUAUGAUGUACUUGAUCAAAACCGCAUGUUUGAACCCAAGUGCCUUGAUCAAUUCAAGAAUCUUCAAGAUUUUCUGACCCGUUUUGAGGCCCUGGAGAAAAUUGCUGCUUACAUGAGUUCUAGCCGCUUUAUGAAAACUCCAAUUAACAAUAAGAUGGCCAAAUGGGGUAACAAGAAAACAUAAAGUAAAAAAAACAUCUUUGUUGCUGGAUGAGAUACUUCCCCCCUUUUCUCCAUUCUUUUUCUUGAUAAGAAAAAAAAUGAUCUUUCUGUAGAAUUGUGAUUCAGAUGUUUAGGUAUUUGCAAUGCAGUAGUGCUCAAUAAAGUAUCUUGGAAUUAC